AUGCCUGAGUUCACUCUCGAUCGCAUCAGAUCACUUAGCUUUCAACCUUAUUUGUCUUCCAGAUCACAGCAAUAUCGCAGUCAUCCCAAUCGCCGCGCAUCGGUGCGUGUAAGCGCUUCCCAACCGCAACUCGGUUACACAACGAAUGGCAGUACCGCUGGAAAUGCCAUGAUUGUUGGCAGUGGGAGCGGCGGUGUCCUACGAAAGGAUGUCAUUAGCAGUAUCAGUGGUGGUACGGCUAACAACAAUAGCAGUAGUAGCGCAUUGUUGCCACUACAACAACAACAACAGCACGGCAGCACUUGUGAGCAAAGCACCCAAACGCCGGAAUCCAUAAUGCGCGAAACGCGUCGCCACAAACUGAAAUCAUUCAAAUUCUCGCUGAACAAUGUCACAACGCCAACAUUGAAUUUGCGUUUCCUGAAUAAUCGCAACAAACGCAAUAGUCUAUCUGCUAAUGCUGUAGCGACCGAGCAGAAAGCUACUAAGGUCCUCGGUCUCGUCUUCUUCACCUUCGUUCUCUGUUGGUCGCCAUUUUUCAUAUUGAAUAUCAUUUUUGCCGGUUGCCCCGAAUGUCAAGUGCCCGAACAUGUGGUGGAUACUUGCCUCUGGCUCGGUUAUGUCUCAUCAACAAUUAAUCCCAUCAUUUAUACAAUUUUCAAUCGAACAUUUCGCGCGGCCUUCAUUCGUCUACUCAAAUGCAAUUGUGAACGCUCUGGACGUCAGUCACGCUAUCGCUCCGUUACCGAAGGUCGUGGUGCAUUAAGUCUGUGCGCACCCUCCGCCCUGCCAUUGGCCAUUUCAUUCCAAGGUGCACCAUUGAUGACACCAUCAACCGCAAAUGCGACACCGUUAAGCGAUUUUCGUGGCAGCUAUACGAUCACGGAUGAUGAGUGCUAGAAUGAGGAGAAAGAGAUGCCGCCAGUAAAGCGCAAUGUAAACAGA